GAAAAAUGGACAAAUGAUACAGAAACACGUAUAGUAGUACUGCUUACAAUAAUUGAAGUCCAGUUUCCAUCAUUUUCAAUUUUUCAUACCAUGUUGCCGGAACACUGCCUGUCUGAAAUCCUCUCCCUCACGUCUCCGAAAGAUGCACUCAGAUCAUCUCUGGUUUCCACAAGUUUCCGGUCAGCAAUUGAGUCUGAUUAUGUUUGGGAAAGGUUUCUACCGGCAGAUUAUGGAGAUAUUAUCUCCAGAUUAAGGAAUCCUCUCGAGUUCUCCUCAAAGAAAGAGCUUUUCCUCUGUUUGUGUCACCCUCUUCUCCUUGAUGCUGGCACCAAGAGCUUUAAGCUGGAGAAAUCAUCUGGAAAAAAGUCCUACAUUUUAUCUGCAAAGGAGCUAUCCAUCACUUGGGGCAAUGAUCCUAUACGUUGGAGUUGGAUUUCUAGUGCAUCAACCAGGUUCUCUACAGCAGCUGUGUUGAGAGCAACAGAUUGGUUAGAGAUACAGGGGAAGAUUAGAACAGGAAUGUUGACGCUGAAUACUACAUAUGGGGCUUAUGUUAUAAUGAAAAUCUCUGAUCGUGCCUACGGGUUUGAUUCAAGGCCAUUAGAGAUGUCAAUUGAGGUGAGGGAUCGAAUUUCCAGUGGAACAGCUUUUCUAGGAAAACAGGAUGGGAUGGAGAAGGAAGUGAAUGAAGGGGACUGGGAAGUUCUAAGAGGAAGAGAAGAUGGGUGGAUGGAGAUUGAGUUGGGAGAGUUUUUUAGUGGGGAAGAUGAUGAGGAGGUGACAAUGAGUUUGAGGGAAGUCAAAGGUUGCCAGCUCAAAGGAGGGCUUGUAAUUGAAGGCAUUGAAAUUAGACCUAAAACAAUUAGGUUCUAGCUAAUCUUCCCCAUGAAAUUGCAAAAGAUUCCACAUCAAUUGACUACUUAAUAAGAAUUGUAAACUUCGAGACAAUAUAUAAUACUAUACUCUACCUAUUGAUCAUCUGUUUUUAUCAUUUUUUUUCUUUGAUCGAAAUCCCCUAAGUUUGAAUAUUAGUUAUCCUUUUGUAUUGUAUUGCGGGAUUCCAUUUGUGGAUUGUGACAGAUAAGGAGUUUUAUAUCAUGUAAUUACUAUUUGUUUGGUUUGAGAAAAAGAAGAAAUUUUUAUAACUAAUUAUAUUAUUUUGUUGGUUCUCCAACUAAACAAGCUAUUAAUGUCUUAGGAAGUGAAUAUCAAAGGCUGAUAAUUUGAAAUGUUGCCAUAACGUAAGAGUGCAAAAUGAAAAAUACACAAAAUUUGCACAAAAAUGGCUUCAUUUCAAGCUUGUCUUUGUAUAAAAUUUCAGAUUAAGU